AUGUCUCGCCUGGACCUGGUGAUAUUCGGUGCGACGGGGUUCACGGGUAAACAUGCCGUGAUGGAGAUGAGUCGACAGUUAAAGCAGUAUCCGCUUAUGUGGGGUGUCGCUGGACGCUCCCAGAGCAAGCUGGAAGAUGUGCUCAAGGAAGCGUCACAGAAAACUGGUAAUGACCUAUCGGAAGUGAAAAUAAUAGUGGCUGAUGUAGGCGAUGAGAAGUCGCUUAAAGACAUGUGCAGUCAGGCCAAGGUGUUGGUGAACUGCUGCGGGCCCUACCGGCAUUAUGGCGAGCCGGUCGUGAAGGCAGCUAUCGAGUGCAAGUCACACUAUGUGGAUGUGUCAGGGGAACCACAGUUCAUAGAAUCAAUGCAGUUGAAAUACGGCGAUGCGGCACGUGAAGCGGGCGUGUACGUGAUAAGUGCGUGUGGUUUUGACAGCAUUCCUACUGAUCUUGGGGUUGUCUUCUUGGAGAAAAAAUUUGAAGGUACUGUAAAUUCCGUGGAGUCGUACCUGAGUUCGGAGGCGAAAGGUUCUGUGACCAGCGGGGUGAUUAACUAUGGUACCUGGGAGUCUUUAGUUUACGGAAUAACACAUUUAAACGAAUUGCCGAGUCUGAGAAAGAAGAUCUAUCCUGAAAAGUUGCCAGAGUUUAAACCGAAGCUCAAGUCUAGAUCAGUCAUCCACCAGCGCCUAUCUGGAUGGUGCCUUCCCUUUCCGGGAUCUGACGCAUCCAUAGUAUACAGGACGCAGCGUACUUUAUUGGAACGGGACGGAAAACGGCCCGUACAAAUUAAAACAUACGUGAAAUUUACCAGUCUUUUAACUACGCUGGCCGUUGCAUUCUCUUCUGUGAUGCUGUUUUUAUUAACCAGAUUAAGUUUCACGCGAGACCUUCUGCUUAAACACCCACGUUUUUUUACAAUGGGUGCGAUCACCCGCGAGGGUCCCAGUGAGGAGGUGAUGAACAGCACCAUCUUCUCGUUUCUGCUGCUGGGUGAAGGAUGGAGUCAGGGGUCUGAUGUCACCUCACCGCCCAAUAAGAAACUUGCAGUUAAGGUGUCCGGUGUGAAUCCCGGAUAUGGUGCGACAGUUGUAGCUCUCUUGUUCUCAGCACUCACAAUACUUACUGAGAAGGAUAAAAUGCCAAAAGAGGGAGGAGUUCUAACCACCGGUGUGGCGUUCAGAGACACAAACAUUAUCCAACACCUCCACGAAAAUAAUCUUAAGUUUGAAAUUGUUAAUGAUGAAUUUAAAUAA